AUGGGGAGCCUGGUCCGGCUGGGCAUCGCCAGCCUGCUCCUGCUGGCGGCUUGGGCAGCCCCUGCUGAGGAGGAGACCAGUCAGGCAGAGAAGCCCAAAGCUGAUCUUGCCAUCUACGAAAACACGGACCUGGACAACUAUGACCUCACGUUGGACAGCUACGGCGAGAUCGUUGACUUAAGCAACUAUGAGGAGCUGUACGACUACGGUGACCUUGCUCCGAAGAUUGAGGUUGGGACUCUGGCUCCCCCCACCAAGGCCCAGGAAGGUCUCCCAAACCUGGGCACCACGGCUGAAACGCCAGAGCUGCAGCCUCCAUCCACUGCUGCCGCCACUGCCGGGUCCGGCCACCCAGGUCUGCCGGGACCCAUCACUGCGGAGGGUGACCCGCCCCUGCCCCGGGAGCCCGCCUACCUCUACGCCCGCUUCAACCGCAUCGGCGAGAUCCGAGCCGGCGAUUUCGUGGGGAUGAGUAUGUCGAGACCGGCGUUUGUUGGGCUGGACGCCCGCCUCAACAGGAUCCCCAGCGCUGGCGUCAGACCUGAAGCCUUCCGGGACCUGACGCAGCUGCAGUUCCUCCAUCUGUCUGACAACGAGCUGGACUACAUCCCGGCACCCCUGCCCCAGAGCCUGCGCUCCCUGCACCUCCAGCAAGAGCCGCAGAAAGCCCUCGUCCAGCCCCAGCAGCUGCUCUGUAAAUGGCCCUGGGUUAGCAAGGGCAGGGACUUCCGCGUAUCCCCGCUUGUUCCAGGCCUCGGUCCCCUCCCCGGGGAGCCUUGGUAA